AUGGAUGGGGUAAAAGUUGUGGGUUCAGAGUUGCUUGGGACUGGUCUUGCAUUCCCUUCACUUGAAAAUCUAAGUUUUGAAGAUAUGAAAGGGUGGGAGGCAUGGUCAACCAGUAGUGGGAUACUUGUGGACACAUCAUUUCCAUGCCUUCAAACACUUUGGUUAAAAGGUUGUCCUAAUUUGGUUAGAAUCUCACUUGAAAUGUUACCUUCACUAAGGGUUCUAGGAAUUCAUGGUUGUGGUCAUGAGGUGUUAAGAAGUUUGAUUGGUGUAGCUUCAUCGAUCACCAAUUUGUAUAUAAGUUAUAUUUCAGGACUUAACGAUCAGGUGUGGGGAGGUGUUAUAGAGUAUCUUGGGGCAGUUGAAGUAGUAAUCAUUGAAAAUUGUAAUGAAAUAAGUUAUUUGUGGGAAUCUGAAGCAAAAGCAAGUAAGGUUCUUGUGAAUUUAAGGAAGUUGGAAGUAAACUAUUGUUCAAAUUUAGUGAGUUUAGGAGAGAAAGAGGAUGAUAAUUGUGCGGGCAACCUAACAUCUCUUGCGAGCUUGACCUUAGGGGGUUGUCACAGCUUAGAUCAUUGCAUCUGUCCAAAUAGCGUCAAGUUACUUUGCAUCUGGGGUUGUUAUAAAUUUUUUGAAAAUGGGUUGGUAGGAGCACAGGAGAAGCCUCUGAUCAACUCAAACAUACGCAUGCUUGAAUCUCUAAAUAUAAGAGAUUGGCUAAAUCUGAAAUUGAUCACUGAAUUGAGUUCCUUCAAUCACCUCAGGCAACUCUUAAUUGUCAAUUGUCCAAAGAUGGAGUCAUUUCCUGACCACGAGUUGCCGAAUCUCAUGGUGUUAAUAAAAUUGGAAAUACUAGGUUGUGAAAGCAUGGAUGCUUCCUUUCCUCGUGGGCUUUGGCCUCCACAAUUGUCUUCUCUUAAAAUAGGGGGGGUGAUGAAGCCCAUUUUAGAGUGGGGCCCACAAACUUUUCCAACAUCACUUGUUCACCUAGCAUUAUAUGGCAGACCAUAUGAUUAUGUGAGUAAUUUCAGUCAGUUGUCCCAUCUUCUUCCUUCAUCUCUUACUUCUCUUGAAAUACAUGGAUUCGAUAAAGUGGAAUCAGUUUCAAUGGGACUCCAACACCUCACCUCCCUCCAGCAUCUCUCCAUUGGCCACUGCCCAAGGUUGAUAGAUCUACCAGAAAUGUUGCUGCCUUCACUCUUGAGCUUGGCAAUUGUUGGAUGCCCAAAUCUGAAAGAAAGGAGUAGUAAAAGAGGCUCCUACUGGCCCCUCGUCUCGCGUAUCCCCUGCUGCAUUGACAUCUCGUGA